AUUAUUGUAUUAUCUUCAACAAUCAUGAGGGCAUGAAGCACACCCUUCUGGUCCUCUCCUGUUAUUAUCUGAUGUAACCUCUCUAGAGUAUAGAAUUCGAAUCACAAUUGUAUACUACUGUGUCUCUAUCUGACCCCUAUAUAAACCAAUUCAAACUCUAUUGACAUAAAUCCCAUUUCCACACUGUUUCUCAUUCUCUCAGUUUCCCACCAUGGAUUCAGAACCUCCGGUUGAAAUGUACUUCUUCCCCUUCGUCGGCGGCGGCCACCAAAUCCCGAUGAUCGACACCGCCCGAGUCUUCGCCUCCCACGGCGCCAAGUCCACCAUCCUCUCCACCACUCUCUCCAACGCCCUCCGCUUCCGCAACUCCAUCCACCGCGACCAAACCCUCAACCGCCGAAUCACCAUCCACGUCCUCGACCUCCCAAACGACGCCGCUCCCCCCGACACCUCCAUGUCCGCCGCCCCCUUCACCGACACCUCCGUCUUCCAACAGCCCCUCAAGCAAUUCCUCACCCAAUACCCUCCCGACUGCAUCGUCAUCGACAUCUUCCACCGCUGGGCCUCUGACCUCAUCGACUCCCUCGGAAUCAGGAGGAUCGUCUUCAACGGAAAUGGGUUCUUCUCCCGGUGCGUCAUGCACAAUGUCAGCCGAUUUCGGCCUCACGAGAAACUGGGUUCCGAUUCGGAGCCGUUUGUGGUGCCGGGUCUGCCUGAUCGGGUCGAACUGACGAAAUCCCAGAUGCCCAUUUUCUCCAGAAACAAAUCUGGGCCUGAUAAGUUUGGGCAAUUGGAGGAUAAGAGCUUCGGGGUUGUGGUGAAUAGCUUCUAUGAAUUGGAGUCGAAAUAUGCUGACUUUUUCAAGAAGGAAUUGGGGAAGAAGGCGUGGGGGAUCGGCCCCGUUUCGCUAUGCAACAGAGACGAAGCUGAUAAAUCUGAGAGGGGACAAGCUGCUUCUGUUGAUGAGGAGAACAUGAAGUGGUGUUUGAAUUGGUUGGAUUCUCAAGAACCUAACUCGGUUGUGUACAUUAGUUUCGGAAGCUUGGCUCGAUUGUCUUAUAAGCAACUGAUUGAGAUCGCUCAUGGGCUUGAGAAUUCUAAGCAGGGUUUUGUCUGGGUUAUUGGGAAAGUGUUUACAUCUGAGAAUGAGAAUCAUGAAGAUGAGGAAAAUUGGCUUGUGGGUUUUGAGAAGAGGAUGAGGGAGAGUCAAAGAGGGGUUGUGAUAAGGGGAUGGGCUCCUCAGAUUUUGAUGCUGGAGCAUAAGUCUGUAGGUGGGUUUGUGAGUCACUGUGGGUGGAACUCGACACUGGAGAGUGUCUGCGCCGGUGUGCCGAUGAUCACGUGGCCGCUCUCGGCGGAGCAGUUCUCGAAUGAGAAGCUGAUUACUGAUUUGUUGGGGAUUGGUGUUCAGGUUGGGAGCAAAGAGUGGGCGUCGUGGAAUAUGGAGAGGAAGGAGUUGAUUGGGAGAGAGAAGGUGGAAGAUGCGGUGAGGAGGGUGGUGGGUGGUGGAGAUGAGGCGGUGGAGAUGAGGAAGAGAGCCAGAGAUCUUGCGGAGAAGGCCAAAAGAGCUGUUGAAGAAGGUGGGUCAUCAUAUGCAGAAGUGGAUGCUCUGAUUUCAGAGCUCAAGUCACUGAAGGAGAAGAAUUAGUCGGCCAAGAUUUUUCUUUGAAAUAUGGGACUCUGUCAUUCAAGUUGUACUCUUUAUAAGUGUUGGGUUAGUUGCAUUGGUCGGUGCAUAAAAUAAUUUUUAUAGACGAUACUGUAUUUAUAUUUAACGAUUGAAAUUAGGGAUGUGCAGGAAAUAAAAAAAUAAAAAAAGAGGCAAGUUUCUUGUUACAUGAUAUCA